AUGUCGACCGAUGAUCCGCUGAACUCCGACUCCGACGCUGGGAUCGAAGUGCAAAAGCGCCCUCUAGGCAGGACAGUCUUGGAUCCGCUGAAAAGACUCCCAUAUCGCCGUUCCAACGCCUCCCUCUCCAACUUGUUCGCCUCGACAUCCUCCCUCCCGACGCUGCCCAACCCCGGAUCGCCGCGAAAUGCAGGUUCAGGGACAAACACUCCCAGUGCCGCACCGCAUAAUGGCUCGGUAUAUUCACCACCGGGCUCGACCACGGUGAGAUCGCCAUCACCGGCGCUGUCUGGCCAGGUGGGAAGUAAUGACACCCGAGAUAUCAUCGUGCGCGCAUUCUCUCCGCACGUGUCUGUCCUGGCUUCGCAAGACAGCGAGGAACUCAUCAGACACAAGGGCAUAAGCGGGGGAUUGUUGGAGCUGCUGCGUCCGUUUGGGGAGCACAUAUCGGGCAAAGUCACCAUUCGCGACAGCGUGGGAGUAAGUAGGUCAUGGGAAGACUUCUCUGUGCGCUUCGCUGCUGUCAGGGAUGGGCUUGAGAGUCCUCGAAACCCGGAUCGCAGAAGUGCAGACUCCAGCGAUGUACAGCGAACUGGGCAAAGACAAUCUCUUCAAGAGUUCAAGCCUGCCAGGCUACGGUCAGGAGGCGAUGUGCCUCAGAUAGAGGAGCUGGUCGAGCGACAUCUCACAUUCUCAGAGGAGCAAUCGGGACCUGCAGGCUCCGACUACAUGACCGCAAAAGGUAUUCCCACUGCUAUUCCGGGUGCUACUUCACCAUUCUAUUCGCUUUACCUACGUCGAAUGCUCUCUGGCCUUCCCAUGGUGCCCGCCGAGACGUUCGCUCACCCCGUGGCAUCUGUGAUAGCUAUAUCGUCGCGCUCGGCGUCACCUAUCGAAGAGCUGCGCAGUCUGUAUGAUUCUUCCAACACUGGCGAGCACCGGUUGCCGCAAUGGGUACACAACGAAUUCUUACGCUAUUACGUUCUCAUUCAUGACGAAGACUACGACGACAUCACGAAAUCCAUGUCCUUGUACGACCAGAUGAAGCGUCACUUUGGCCUGCAUUGUCAUCUUCUUAGGCUUCGCAGCACACAGUGCGUACCAUCUGAUGAUGAUAGCACUAGAUUACCACAGCCCGAGUGGAAUGCGGCUGCAGAGGAGCUCGCAGAGAUUGUACGUCGCGAGACCAACGAUGAUGGAGAAGACCCUACCCCGUACAUAUUCGAGUCAGACGCCGCAGCGCUGCGGGCUUUUGUGCGGGAAAUGGUCACACAGUCCAUCAUUCCUUCAAUGGAGCGAGCGUCUGCUACGUGGAAUGACCAAGUGGCAUCGAGACGGCGUGGCUUGAGUGGCAGGUUCAUGUCCCUUUCUAAGCGCUUCACUACCUUUGGUGGCCGCAAUUCGUCUGGCCCAGCAUUGGGUGGAGCCGGCAGCAACUACGACAGCUUACAAGGGUUCUACAAACCUGAUGCUCCCGAAGCUGUGAUGCGGAAACUAGCAGACUACGCCAUGAUGCUACGAGACUUCAGACUCGCACAUGGGACGUACGAGAUCCUAUGUCAAGACUUUAAGAACGACAAGGCGUGGCGAUACUAUGCUGGUGCGAACGAAAUGGCAGCUGUGAGUUUGCUAUUGGCCACCAACUCGAACAACAAGAUCCGGAUAGAAGGCAUCGACCAAUACUUGGAAACCGCCUACUACUCAUAUGUCACCCGCGUUGGAGCGCCAUACAACGCGCUGCGGACGUUGAUAUUGGGUGUAGAACUUCUCAAGAUGCGGGGUGGGAAUGCCCUGGAUGAUGCAGCCCGCUGGUCUAGUAAGAUCCUCGACGAUCGGAUCGUCGGUCCUAUGGGACAUGCGAUGAUCACUGAGCGCAUUGCGAAUUGCUACACCGAGCGACGAGCAGUGAACGGGCUGGCUGAUGUCGRCCGCAGGAGGAAGUCUGCUUUCUAUAAUACGCUCGCUGCUGACGCCUGGCUACGGCAGGACAAGGCUUCCCAGGCGGAGAAGUGUCUUGGCGAGGCGUUGCGCCUGUAUGGUACGAGGGAUGAUCCGAAUGCGAUUGCGUUCGAUGGAAUGGCGAGCUUCCUCGCUACUCUGCAAACGACAAUUGCGGCGAAUCGCGGAGGUGUCCACCAUAUAGAUGGCGAGGAAUUGCUCGGAGAGGACGGUGACCUGCUUGUUGAWCCUCUGCAAGAGGAGAGCGAGCAACUCAGCCGACUCUCACCUGCUGUGGCGCAUAGGAAGAGCUUGAGCAUUGGCGGGCAAGCACCUCCGCCUUUCGACCCAUUGGGCGCGAUACCGAGCGCAUACGAGGUAUCUGGUGGUGCCACGGGYGCGAAUACUCUUGUUGAAGAUGCGGGGCUGUCGGGUGCUGCGAAAGAUCGUGAGCGGAGGGAUGAUGGGUUUGAAUGA